GAACUGAUUCCAUUUAUAAAAUGGGUGAGAGGCACUUUCAGCAUCCCGGUUCUCGGUCUUCUACUCUUUGCCUCGGUGGCCUUGUUCCCAAGCAUUCUUCUUCCCUCUUCUCCUUCCAUGUGGAUGGCUGGUCUUACAUUUGGCUAUGGAAAGGGGUUUCUAUUGAUUUUAUCAGCAGCAUCAAUUGGUGUUACCCUUCCUUUCUUAAUCGGACAUCUCUUUCUCCACAAGAUGCAAGAAUGGUUGAAGCAAUACCCGAAAAAAGCAGCCAUACUUAGAGCUGCCGGUGAAGGAACAUGGUUUCAUCAGUUUCAAGCAGUCACUCUAAUCCGUGUCUCUCCAUUCCCUUACAUGAUCUACAACUACUGCGCAUUAGCGACUGGAGUUCACUACGGUCCUUACAUCUUAGGCUCUCUUGUUGGAAUGGUUCCUGAGAUCUUUGUCUCAAUUUACACGGGUAUAAUGCUAAGAACACUAGCAGUUGCAUCGGAUGAGAGACACAUGCUUUCAGUUGUGGAGAUAGUCGUGAAUGUUCUCGGCUUCUGUGUAACUGCAAGCGCUACUAUAGUCUGCACAAUCUAUGCAAAGAAGAAGCUAAGUGCAAUGCAAUCAGAGGAAGUGGAGACAUUACAAAAUCCAAUACUCUAACUCUAUUCACCCACUAAGCGCUUCGUUACCGCAACAUAUCAUCUAACACGAUCUUGAAAUUGAUAAUAUAUAUAUAUAUAUUUGAAAAUGAAUAAUUUAUGUUUCUUGUAUAUGUAUAUAUCAACUGAAUUUUGAAAAAAAUUUCAAUGUA